AUGCUGUUAGCAUGCCCUGCUCUUUUGACUACAUCAUUGCUACAAAUCCUAGCCUUUGCAACGGCCUCUACCGUCGACAAAACACCUUUACGUACGAUUCCACGUAUCGAGUUCGAGAAAAUUUCAACAGAAACUACCAACUACACAUGGGAUGAUUCCCCUCCCAAGUUCAAACACAAAGCUUCACGUAUCACCAAGCGAGGCUCAAAAUGGAAAGAAAUCCGCCAGUAUGAGGCAGUCGAGGAGCUGACUUUCGUUUCAUGGCCGUCUGGAACCUCCGAAUCAGCACGGGAAGAUGAUGAAGAGCUCGAUUAUGUUUUCUUGAAUGCCGCUGGCUCGGGCGUAACUGUGUACGUACACGAUAGCGGCAUUAACCUUCAGCAUGAGGAGUUCACGACAUCAGCACCCUCAGGUGUGCAGAAGGGGACUAUUGAAUUGUUAUACCCUAAGACAGGCCCUGGUGUUACAACAGAGGACCUCAACGCAAUAAAAAAGGCCGGUGAUACUGAUGGCCAUGGAACCUGCGUCGCGAGCAAGAUCGUCGGUCAAAAUUGGGGCGUUGCAAAGGGAGCAAACCUUAAGUUUGUCCCUCUGAUUGACUCUGGAUAUGACGAUACUAUUCAAGCUGGACUUAAAGCUAUAAUAGAAGACAUCAAAAAGGAAAGAGAGAAGAACGCGCGCUAUAUGGCAGUUGUUAAUCUCAGCUACGGGCUGAAAGAAUAUGAUCAGACAGCAAAGCAAAGAUCAGAAUACUUGGAUCUCUAUAAACAGAUCUACGAUUUGGAUGCUGUUAUGGUCACAACUGCAGGAAAUUAUCUUGCGUCUUGUGAUGAACCUCGUGAGGUGAAUGACUAUCCAGCUCUUUUUGUGAAGGAACUUCCGAAUAUGAUUGUGGUGGGGUCAGUCGAUGUCGAUGGAAGCGUAUCGGAAAUUUCGAAGAUUGGAAAUCUUGUCUCAGUCUAUGCGCCUGGGGCAGUUAAUUCAAGGCGCGGCGAAGGAAUUACUUGUGCCUGGGGCAAUAUCGAGGGCUCAACCGAAGAUGAAGUCAAGCGCGGUAUUAACAGGGACCAAGGCACCUCCUUCGCAGCAGGAAUUGUUUCCGGACUUGCAGCGUACUUGGUUUCCACAGAUCCUGAAAGCUUUCGAACUGGAAAAGUGGCGGAGGAAGUCAAGGCUAAGAUUCUGAAUCUAGCCUGGGGCCGUCCAAAGGGGAAGGGAUUUAAAUCUGUUUGGAAUGGCAGAGAUGGAUUUGCAUAA